AGACAGAUAAAGUGAAAGAGAAAGAGAAACCCAGUUUAAUAAAAGCAGACUUCGGGUGAUAACAUAGACAUUCGCACAGUUGAACUGGUUAGUGUCAAUUCAGAAGGUGUGAAGUUAUUGAGGUAACUAACACAAACAACAUACUGAAAAGUAAAGCGCAACAAAAGGAUCGACGAUAAGAAAGAAAAUUUAUGAACGAAGUGGGGAAAUAAAGAGAAGAGAAAAAAAAAAAAACAAUUUGGCAAGCGCACGCGGGCGUUGUGUGUACUUAGAGCGUGACUGGUCCCUUUUAUUGACUUUCAACAUUCAGGUAGAUAAAAGGAAUACUCAAAACAGAGAACAAUCUCCCAAACAGACUGGAUAACUUUCCACAGCAAAACUCAACAGUUGUCAACAACAAUAUUAAGAUGUCUGAAGUUAAAGAAAAUAAUACAAAUGAGAAGCACAACUUAGCCGUGAAACUGGGUUUCCCAACUGACGAAGGAUGUCAUUCGAUGGCGAAUUUGCUCAAAGACUGUUUAUCAAACGAUGAUGUGAAGCAAAUGUAUUCAGAAUGGGGUGAUACAGGGACAUACGAUAAGUCUAUGAGUAACAAUGUUUACAAGGGACCAUAUCUGGUUUCCAAGGCUGUCAACGACAACAUUCCAAAUAAAAAUGCUAAAAUUCUUGAUAUUGCUUGUGGUACAGGAUUCGUUGGUGAACAUUUAAAAAAGUUUGGUUUCACAAAUGUGGAUGGGAUGGAUGCAGCUCGUGGAAUGUUGGAGAAUGCUGAGAAGAAGAGUGCCUACCAGAACUACAUUUGCUCUGUGAUUGGUGAAGGUUCUGUCCAUGGCAUCCCAGAUAGGACCUAUGAUGUGAUCACUAUUUCUGGAGGGUUUGGUCCUGGUCAUAUCACCCUUGAAGCUAUACCUGAGAUGAUUGAGUUAGUCAAGCCAGGUGGUUUCAUAUUCAACAUAACCAGGAAAAACCAUUUGAAUUCCUUUGAAGAAUACAAAGACAAAUGGGAACCUUACAUUCAGAGUUUAGAAGAUGCUGGCAAAUGGCGUGAAAUAAGUAGAACCAUCUUCCGGAAUUAUUAUUUUGAAAAAGAUGGCAUCAUGUUCAUACAUGAAGUAUUAUGAAUGUCUGUUGAAUUGGAAAAGUAAAAAUGAAAAGAAAAUUGUUACAUGAAUCACCAUUUAACUGUUUAUAAUCACCAUUUUAUUUUUGUUUUUGUAUAUUAUUACUAUUAUUAUUGAUAUUGUUGUUAUUAUUAUAUCAUUAUUAUAUUAUUAUUAUUAUUA